AACAAGGAUGUAUCGCGACCGAUCCGUAGAUUUCUCUGGAAAGCUUUACAGAAGAUUCUGAAGAUAGGAACAUUCGGGGAGAAACUGGGGCCCCAGUGUGCGAUGCGAGGUGAAUGUCCGCACUGCAAGGUGGCUGAAACUAUGAUGCAUAUAUUGAUAGACUGCCAAAUCAAAGGAUGUGCUACCUUAUGGAGUCUAACCCAAGAAUUGUGGGAGAAAACCGGGAAAGAGUGGGUUCGUCCUUCAUACGGCAUAGCUCUAGGAGCGACUCUAGUCCAAAUUAAAAUGCCAGAAGUAUGUGUUGACAGAGGUGCGACAAGACUAUACAGGAUUCUGAUGACGGAGGCUGUGCGUUUCAUCUGGAAAAUACGAUGCCGAAGGUGCAUGCAGAGAGGAGACGAUGACCCUGCAAAUCGCACACGAGAGAGCAAGCUAGAACGCACGGAUUGA